AAAAAAAAAGUGGGAAUGAAUUGAGGGCACAUUUUAUUGCCCGUCAAAGUUCCAUUCUUCAGAUCCCUCAAAUCAUUUUCUUCCUCUCUGUCAAUCCCCAAAUUCCCCUCAAAACCGUUCAAACCCUCUUCCACCUCCGGCAACGGCUCCGGCCACAAAAAUGACCAAUUACGGCACCAUUCCGACCUCCUCCGCCGCCGCCGCUAACCUCGAGUACAUCUCUCGCGCCAAACAGCGUUUCAAAGACGGCCUAGGUCACCGCCGUCCAUGGCGUCUAAUCGCCGAUUACCGCUCCUUCACUCUCCCUUCCAACCUCCACGACACUCUCUCUCGCAUCAAAAUCAAUCUCGCUUACUUCCGUAUGAACUACGCCAUCGUCGUUCUCGUGAUCCUCUUCCUCGCUCUCCUCUGGCAUCCGAUUUCACUCCUCGUCCUCUUCCUCAUGUUAUCCCUCUGGCUCUUCCUCUACUUCCUCCGCGAUCAGCCUCUCAUUCUCGCCGGCCGCAUCCUCGAAGAUUGGAUCAUUCUCCUCAUCCUCUCAAUUCUCACCAUCGGAUUCUUGUUCUUGACUAACGCUACACUCAACAUUCUCAUCGCUCUGCUCGUUGGCGCCGCCGUCGUUUUGGCUCACGCCGCCGUGAGGAAGACCGACAAUCUUUACUUGGAUGAAGAAGCCACUGGAUUGAUCGCGCCUGGAUCGUAAUCGGCAAUCGUAAUGGAUUAGUGUUGUUAAUUGUAGAGGUUAAUUCCAUCUUCUUCUUCUUGUUCUGGUUUCUUUUGACGAUCUCUGUUUUUUGGCAAUUGAAAAUUUUAUGAAAAUUAUGUUAUUCCAUUUCUGCUUUCAAAUUCCACUUAAUUUUUCAUUCUUGUGAUAUGCAAAUAGGGUUUCUUCUUGUUUUUUUGUUUCGUAUUGUAAUUUAAUUUAAUUUUGUCAGUUUGUAAUUGUUGACAUUUUAUUUUUUGUGCUUGAUUUUGAAUUGGACGACUCAAGGAUGUCUUGUUUUUUC